AUGGUUGCCAACGAACAAGCUUCGGGGUCGGCCGAUGAAGAAAUGAUUCAAAUGAAUACGACAAGAUCAUCACAUCAAAUUAGACGAUCACUGCGCUCCGCCUCAGUUUCGACUACCAUGAAAUUCCUUGAAUUCAACCCCGCCGGUGGAAUGUGGCAGGCCACUGGGACAGCGAUCGCGCACGCUCCAAAUAGCACCGAUCUCACAUCUGCUCACGAGGUGGGAUUUGACGCACACGGCCGCAGCGUACGUCGUAUUGGAACGCAAGAUGAAUUUCAAAAUUCAAAUCACAAUGAGAAGACCCUGAAAGUGUCCAAAUGCGACGGGGGUCGAGCGGAGAAAUUGUUCAGCGGGGUGGAUGGAGAUUGCCUGGGGGCCGGAAUCGACCAUGUCCCACAUGCUUCAUGGAAGUCAGCAUGUAAAGAUGUGUUUCUCGCGGCUUUCAGAUUUUUGUGCACACCUACAGGCCUCUUUAUCGCUAUUUAUGGGUUGAAUGUUGUCGCCUGGGGUGCUAUGCUGUUUUUCCUUCUUCUGGACGUUGGCACGAUGAGCAAAGAUCGCAAAGAGGUCUGGAUAGAGAUCGACUCGCAGAUCCUCAAUGGAUUGUUUUGUUUGACCUCUUGGGGCUUGGCGCCGUGGCGAUUCCGUGAUACAUAUUGGUUGCUGAUGGGGCGUUUGGGCUCAGGCAAAAGAUCGAAAGAAGCCACCAGUCAGCUCGCCAGGCGAAAUGCGAGCUGGUUUCGAAUGACGGUGUCAUAUCUCGACGAGGAAGCUGCCGGCGAAGAGUCGCCUCGCAAGACCUCAACGGGCAAGAUUGCUUCACCUACCAGCCGGUGGAAAAUGGACUUUGUGGUGAUCAAUAUGUUGUUGAAUAGUCUGUUUCAGAUUGGUAUGGCUACUUUCAUGUGGGCUUAUGAUAGCCAAAGUCGACCAAGUUUCGGAGUUGGUCUCUUCAUUGGGCUCGGUUGUUUCAGUUCCCUUUUGGCAGGUAUCAUGUCGUGGUGGGAGGGACGAAAGGUCAAGAAAGUUGAGGGCCCUAUAUUGGAGGAACUAUAG